UGGAGCUUAUCUACCUAUCUAUGUGCCUUCGAGCUGAGCAACGAAACAUAUAAUGGCUCCGUUGAUUCCUUAGUCUAGCAUGCACUGACACCUAGGAGGGGGACAACCGAGGUUUAGUCCCGCGUGAGACGGGUUAGCGCCCCUGGUCGCGUCUUGGUAAACGUCACCGCGGAACCUCACCUCUCGCUCUUCCCGGGACCUUCUACCAGCGAUGACAUUCUCCGAGCGUGUGUUGCUUAGCUAGUAAUACAACAAUCCAUUGGCCUACGAGUCGCUUGUCUUUCACGAGCACAGAGUUUGCAAAACAAUUGAACCUUCCUUGACCAGGGUCAUUCUCUAGAUUCUCUACACUGCGUACUGCCAUGGCUUUCGGACCUAGUAGAAGCUCUAACGGACCUGCAUUCUCAGAACCCACGAAUGGCGCCAGUCUUCUAGCCAAACCAUUCCAUGCAUCUGAGCCUGCGGAGGGGAGCAAGCCUAGCCCUGAUGCAAACUUUGAUGAAGCAAAGCAUACCGACGAGACUACGUCUGCCCAGCAAGACCCCGAUACUGCGAAUGUUGUACCCGAGCAAUCUACUACUAAGCCGAGUUUAGGCAAUAAACGAACGUACGACUCGACUACUUCGCCAGUGGAUACGGAUAAAGCUGGAGCCCAGAAUGCCACAGAGGCUGCACCCAAGAAGCAGAGGACCGAUUCAGGAGAUGCAGGAGCUCAGCAUGGGCCAUCAGCUCCUACACCCGCGAAAAACACCAAAAGAGGCCAAGCUACGAAUGGGGACAAGAAAAAGGGAGAACGCCCCAAAAAAGCGAAGGCCACUAUCAGGAGGGACCUUCUCAUGGAUGGUAUUGGUAGCCGAACGCGAAGCCGCACUAAGGUUGCUUCUUGAGCCCCAACACCUGCUUUCUAUUCAAAGAUGGGGCUCGUUGAAGUGCAGGCUGAGGACAAGGUACUUUGGGUCUUG